AUGUCAGCAGAAGGACAGACGACGGUGCGGCCUAAGGUCACCCUUACUCAGGGAACGGUGGUGGGAAUCCAACAACAAGAUGGCUACCCCAAACCCGUGGACGCCUUCUUAGGAAUCCCUUACGCCCUGCCGCCAACGGGAGAUAGGAGAUUCCGACCACCCGAGAAGGUGGCGCCCUCCACAGACGUCAUCGACGCAUCCAAAUUUGGGCCUCGAGCACCUGCGAAAUUAUUUAUCGUCAAGGGGCCGAAAUUGGAAGAAAGUGAGGACUGUCUCACAGCUAAUAUCUUCCGCCAAACCGGGACCGGAGCUCCGGGUUCUAAGCCGUUGCCGGUCGCCAUAUAUUUCCAUGGCGGUGCCUUUAAUCGUGGAAAUGCGGCAACGCAUGAUAGCGCUUCGAUGGUCGGUUGGUCCGCCGAGCCGUUUGUCCUUGUGUCUUUUGGAUAUCGUAUCGGCGCUCUCGGGUUCCUACCUUCGAAGCUUAGUGCUGAGGAGGGAGCGCUCAACUUGGGGUUGAAGGAUCAAAUUCUGCUCAUGGAAUGGGUACAAGAAAAUAUUGGACAAUUCGGAGGCGACAAGAAUAACAUCGGCCACCACCUCCUCGACUACGAAGAAGGCAAACCACCCCUUUUCCACCGGGCAAUAAUGGAAUCCGGCGCCCCAACCUCCCGCGCUGUCCGGAACUACGACUCUCCCAUCCACGAAGAGCAAUUCCAAGCCUUCCUAAAAGAAGCCGGAUGCCCACCGGACCUCCCCUUCGCAGAAAUCUUCCCCUUCCUCCGCGCCCAACCCCUCUCCACCAUAGCCAAAGCCCAAACCACCGUCUUCUACAACUACAACCCGAGCCUCCGGUGGGCCUUCCAACCCGUAAUCGACGGUCUCCUAAUCCGACACCGUCCAAUCGACGGCUGGCGUUCGGGGUCCUGGCACAAAGUGCCGCUAAUGACCGGCUUCAACGGAAACGAAGGGUCCCUCUACGUCCCCAAAACGAUGUCGCGGUCCUCCGAAUUCACCGAAUUCUUCCACUCUCUACUCCCGCAACUUUCCCCAUCCGACCUCGCUACGAUAAACGAGCUGUACCCGGACCCAGACACGGUUCCGGAUUCGAAGUAUAAGGAAGACAGGCUGAGCUACGGCGUAGGGCCGCAGUAUAAACGCAUCGAGGCGGCGUACGCGCAUUACGCAUAUGUGGCGCCGGUGCGGCAGACGGCGUGGUUCGCGGGGAGACAUGUGCCGACGUAUCUGUACCAUUGGGCCGCGGUGAGCAGUGUGGUUGGGGGCGCGAGUCACGCGGAUAAUAUGGCGUACGAGGCGCGGGAGAAAGAUGUGAGUGCGAGGUCGAAGGGACAGGAGGAGUUGGCGGGGGUGUUGCAUGCGUAUAUCACGAGCUUUAUAUGUACCGGGGAUCCGAAUAAGAUACCUGGGGAGUAUGGGGAUAGGCCGGAGUGGGUUCCGCAUAAGGGGAAUGAAGGGAGGAAGGUUGUGUUUGGGCUGGGGAAUGAGGAGUUGAUUGGGGGUGGUGUGGGUGUUUCUGCGGUGGUUGAGGAUGAUACGUGGGCGAAGGAGGAGAGUGAUUUCUGGUGGGAUAAGGUUGAGAUAUCACAGCAGUGA